AUGGCAGCUGAGGCAGGGAUGUUUGAGCUGCCCUUCACCUGCGAUGAGCAGCUCACCUGGCGCAUGCGGCUGCGAUUCCAGAGCCUGCAGCAGAAGAACGUGAGGCCCCAGGAUGGUGAGAAGCUGCUGCGUCCCAAUGAGUACAUCUACCGAGUGGAUUUCAUCCAGCAGCACAAACUGCGCUUCCUCCGCUGGGACGUGCAGCUGGAAAGACCUGGGAAGGUCACGGUGACCGGCACCUCCCAGCACUGGACUCCUGAUCUCACCCACCUGAUGAACCGGCAGCUGAUGGAGCCAGUGGGAAUCUUCUGGAAGAAGCCGGGGGCCAAGGAGGUGCAGUGCAAUGAGGCAGAUGCCCAGGAAUUUGGGGAGCGGAUAGCAGAAUUAGCCCAGAUCCGCAAGGUGAUGUAUUUUCUCCUCACUUUCACUGGUGGCCUCGAACCAGCUCAGCUGAAAGGCUCCAUUGUUUUUAAAGUCUGAUUGCCUCUUGCUCAGCUUUUCUCACCCCAGCUGUGCUUCUUUCAGUUCAGUUCUUUGUUCUAUUUUUACAUCUGGGGUUUUUUUUCUUCUUUUUAACGAGAGACAGCGCUGUGGUAAAGCAGAGAGCAGCUCAGUGCUUCUGGAGCCCCUCAGCCCUGUGAAAUA